AUGGCCAUGGGCAACUUGAGAGAAGGCGCAUUGGCUUGGCACCAUGAUAUGUGUGCGAGCGGAAGAGAGGCGAGGAGUCUCGAGAAAAUGGAAGCAGCAUUUUAUGCUCACACUGUGCCAAGAGGAUACCAGAAUCACCUGCGAGGGCAGUUGCGACAGUUGGCGAAGGACGCGCAACGGAUGAACUUCGACAAGUACGUUCUGAAGUAUUGGACGAUCAUGGCGCAGAUCCAAAAAACGAGCGAGUUGGAUCAACAAGAUGUGUUUAUUAAGGAUUUGAAGAACCAGACUCGGAAGAUGCAUGGAGGUCGAGAGGGGCACAAGAAGCCUCCGAGAAUGUAUCGGAUUCACCUUGGUGCAUUGAGCGACGAUAGCAGUCAAGACAUGGGGAUUUGUUAUGCGAUAAUCGAAAAGAAACAAUGCUACUUGCAGAAUAUGUGUUUCACAUGCAAGAAACCUGGUCACAAACCGCGACAUUGUUACCAGAACACGGGAAGAGAUCACGAAAGAGAUCAUGGAAAAGAUCACAGCAAGAACUUUGGAAGGAAUAGCAGAGGAAUACAGAACAGAAGGAAUAUGGUGAUAGCACAUCACGUGGAAAUGAAUGAAAACAAUGGAGAAACCAAUUCCUUCCAGCUGAGCAAGGCACAAACAACCAGCAUGCGGAUCAACCAGUCAGAAGUAGUGUUGACGAGAAUAAGUGCCGACGAGCUGAUUAUCGAUUCCGGAUCCACUUCAAAUCUCAUUUGUCCAAAACUGAGUGUCAAGAUCGAGAAAACGAUUUCGGCCACUGCCAAGCGAUUUGAUGGCACAGAAACGGAGUCCAAAAUUGUCCAGUUGGUUCAACCAACUCUGGAGAUGGAUGGCCAGAUUUUCGAUAGCGAACUGAUGCUAGAGUGGGAACUCUUAGGGACACACGUUGUCUUGUUGGGAAACCCGUGGUUGGCAAGUUACAACCCUGCAAUCGACUGGAGGACACAGCACGUGACAUUCACAGACACCGGAGUGCCAAGAGGCGGAAUGAAAACGAGUUCCGACGAAAGCUGA